GAGUACUAGCUUCGUGACUUCCGGUGUGGUUUGUUGACGGAAAGGUUACUUCCGGUGUGGUUUGUUGAUGUCCCAACACGAACACAUCUCCAUAAAAUGGAAAGCACUGAUCAAGAUGUCACAGGAACUGACAAGAUGGAUGUUAUACGUGAAGAAUUAUCACAGCUUACUGCAGAAGAAAUGCAGACUUUGAAGGAGAAAAUGGGCUUAAAAGCUUUCAGAAAAAUUUUAUCAAAUCUUACUAAAACUCAGGAGCCAGCAAAACAUCCACUGAAAAUUCCUCGUCGAGAAAACAAAAAUAGACCCACAGAGAUAUCUUCCAAGAGAAAAGUUGGUUUUCUUCGUAAAAUACCAGGAAUAUCCAGUGGAAGGAAAAGAGUCGCUAGAGAUCCUCGUUUUGAUGAUUUGUCGGGCACAUUUCGUGAAGAUAUCUUCGAACGUGACUAUGGAUUUUUGACAGAUCUGAAGUCUCAAGAAAAAAGGAAACUGCAUAAGAUGUUGAAGAAAGAAAAGCAUGUAGAGAAAAAAGCAAAACUGCGCCAGCUCCUAAACAGAAUGGAACAACAAGAGAAGGUCACAGAAGAAAAGAAGAGGAAGAAGAAGCUAGAAAAAGAGUGGAAGCAGAAAGAAAAGGAGCGAGUUCAAGAAGGGAAAGCCCCAUUCUUCCUAAAGAAAUCUGAUAAGAAGACGCUGGAGCUUGCUGAUAAAUACAGAAUAUUGAAAGAGAAAGGAACGCUGAACAACUUUUUGCAGAAAAAAAGAAAGAAGAAAGCAUCAAAGGAGAGAAAACGAUUACCAAAUUUGUCACCAUGAAACCAUGCAACUUCACUUUUUUCUUUCACAUAAGCCAAACUUGCACACACAUACACUGUAUAUAUAUAUAUGCAUAUGAGAACACAAGGGAAAGGUGUGAGAGAUUAUUUUGUGGAUGCAUGAGAUUUAGGCUUCUGCAUCAUGUUUGGAUUUGUUUCACAAAUGUUUGAUUAAAAUUUGAAGUAUGCUCAUUUA